UGGAAAGUAACUAUGUCGUACUGAGCUUGUGUUUCCAUGCUAUGCUUCUUUACACUUCUGCUCCACUGUAUUUCAAAUGGAAAUAAUGUACUUUUAAAUCCACUACAUUUAUUUGACGGCUGUAGUUACUUUAUAGAUUCAAAUCUUUAGUCCCAAACUACCCAACACUGUAUAAAAAUAUAGUUAAUCAGAACUGUACCUCAGCUUCAAAUUCAAAUAGCUACUUACACAUUAAUGCAUCAAUAAUAGUAUUACAUUUCCUACAGGACUUCUAUUAAAUUUUGGUGCUGCCUUUUACUUACUUCUUUCAGAGCUGCAGUUACUUUACAUAUUAAUAAUUUCCUCACAAAACACAGGCCCAUCUCAUCAAUUCACUGCAUUAACAUAGAUGCAACUGUCAAGCACCCUCAGCUUAAAAUGCUGCAUAUACAUGAAAGCCUCAAUAAUUAUAAUCCAAUAAUAAAGUAUAGUGUAUAAUAAAGUAACAUAGGGGCCAUUUUUUCUAAAUGUUGAAGUACUUUUUUAUGAUUUUAGUUUUGGUAAAACUUUGAAUCCAGAUUUGGAGUUUGGGAAAGUUUUACAUUAGUUCACUGUUUUGUUAAAAAUGGUGAAUAUUUCUGCCUCUGCCUCUCAAGUAAGUUACUGCUGUUGACUUUUACAUCUACAGCCAUAUUUGCUAUUACUUAAAUACAGUUUUCUUAAUGUGCCACUAUAAACAAAUGAGAUUGUACUUCCUUAUUGUAGUUACUUCCAUUCAGUGUCCAUAUCGCUUAUCCUCAUAGUAGCCUACUUUUAGUACAAUUUUCUGAUUUUACUUUACUUGUUUUAAUAAUAAAAGUAGCAGCUGCAGCAGAGCAGUGUAAUCCAGUUCACCUCUGUAUAUUUGUACCAACGGGACAAACACAUUUUUUGUUUAGAGUUUGUAUCUUUCAAAAAACAUUUCUGAAAAAGAACCUUUUUUUAAUGUGAUGCUCUGGAAAAGAAGCGCACAUCUGGACGCGCUCAUUUCCUCCGAGCGGGGGUGCACCUCACGCCGCCCCCCCCCCCUGCAGCACAGCAGUGGUACAAUCCGUGUUGGAUGCUUUAGCUCAUUGACCGGCGGACAAUCCUCAUCAGUACCAGCAGAGCCCCGGAGCUUCUGACAAAACCGGCCCUUCAUUCCCCCACAAAGCGAGCGAGCGAGCAGCCGCCUCCAGCCUCUCCGCCCCGCCAUGAAACAGACUCUGAGCGAACUGUUGAGGAUGAGUAGGAUUUGCCGGAUGGUUUUUGCCACUUGUUUGGGAUCCUUUAUUCUGGUCAUCUUUUAUUUCCAAAGUAUGUUCCAACCAGUCAUGCGGAGGAACCCCUUCAUGGUGGACGGCUGCUGUAGGAAAGGGUCCCGCAACGCCCUGCAGGAGCUCUACAACCCCACACAGCUGGAGUUGUCAGGAGCGGCCGUCCUCCACCAGGCCAGGAGGGAUCAGGUAGUGGACUCCUGUCGAGUCUACAGUGCUUCCAGCCGUAAGCGACGAGUCCUGACACCCGGAGACCUGAAACACCUCGUGGUUGAUGAGGACCAUGAGCUCAUCUACUGCUAUGUCCCCAAGGUGGCUUGCACCAACUGGAAACGUGUCAUGAUGGUGCUGACAGGUCGGGGCAAAUACAGUGACCCAAUGGAAAUCCCUUCCAAUGAAGCCCAUGUUCCAUCCAACCUGAAGACCCUGAACCAGUACAGCAUUGCUGAAAUCAACCACCGCCUCAAGAACUACUUCAAGUUCCUCUUUGUCCGUGAGCCCUUCGAGAGGCUCGUCUCUGCAUACCGCAACAAGUUCACUCUCAAGUACAACUCAUCCUUCCACAAGCGCUUUGGCACCCGUAUAGUCCGGCGCUACCGCAAGAAUGCCACACAGGACGCCCUUGUCAAUGGUGCUGAUGUCAAAUUCAAGGAAUUCACUGAGUACCUGGUGGACCCGGCCACGCAGCGCGAUGGCCCGCUCAACGAGCACUGGCAGACCGUCUACCAGCUUUGCCACCCAUGUCACAUCCACUAUGACCUGGUGGGCAAGUAUGAGACACUGGAGGAGGAUGCAAACUAUGUGUUACGGCUGGUGGGUGUCGGCAACUCCCUGCGCUUCCCGAGCUAUGCCAAGUCCACUCGUACCACAGAUACCAUGACGGCCCAGUUCUUCAGCAAUAUCAGCACCCAACAGCAGAUCCAACUCUACCAGCUUUACAAGUUGGACUUCCUCAUGUUCAACUACUCCACACCCAGCUACCUCCGGCUGGACUAAUGGAGGACAGAGCUGGGACUCUGAGAAUGGCUGCCUUGUUUAAGAAGAGGCAACAAAAUCAGUAAAGGGCAAAAUUUUUUGGAAGCAAACUUGAUUUAAAAAACUGUCAUCAUACCUUACAGGUGUGGGGUUUGGAAUAAACAUAAACAGAUGCUGAAAGAAAGAAAAAUAAUGCGUGCUUGUCUGGGCAUAAGUAGGAGGAUGUCCAGUCAACUCUGGAUGAUCCAGAGAGCACUGACUGGAUGAGAAUAUGGGCUGAAUGGACCAAACGCAUGCAAAGACUAACAUGAGGGUGAAGCAGGUCUUCAAGAUGUUUUAAAAGGGGAACUUUCCUGAUGAUGUUCCCUACACAAUUAAACAAACUGCUGACAAAUUAGGCUGCUUCAGAUUCUGCAAAGUAAACAGCGACCUCGCACGCGCCCUGACCCUGAUGCAUCGCGCGAGCUAAGCUUAUCUUUCCCUCCCCCUGAUCAAUAGAGAUACUCCGUCAAAUUGUAAAAGACGAUUCAUGUCCUCUGCUGUGCUGCCAGCAUGGUGUGUUAGCACCCAUCACCCUUGCCCUCAUUAGAUUCAUACAUUUCAGAGGGCAACUGGCUCAUCAACGCCUCAAGGACACCCUAUAACGGACAGCUACUGACUUCACUCUCAAGACCUUUAUGACUAGUACUACUACAGCCAAACUGUCCCUGGUCUCUGUCAUUAUAAUGUGGGCAGGGGGGACCUCUCAUGUUACACACCGAGGACCUUGUGAAACUGGAGACGCCUGCCGCAAAAGUGAAGUAUAGAAGCGUUUAAUAAAUCAUUGCCUGUAAACGAUCCUUGACACUUUUGGAUGCAGUGUGGAAGGUACAGGAUGCGCUGAUUGGGGCGCACCAGCUGUGAGUCUGCCACUGAGUUGAAAGAAAAGAGACAGCUUGAGCGGUUGUGAAAGGCUUAAAGGCACUGGAUGAAAUAAUCCCCGCGUUGCCGCGUCCCGCCCAGGGCCAUCACGUCAAGGGCCACACCCACAAAGCCUCUGUUCCAAUGACCAAACAUGUCUGUCUUUCAGUAAAUUAAGAUUAUCCUUUUGUGUACAUGCUUAAUUUAGUUUCUACUGAAGCGUUGCUGCGAGCAGCAAUUACAAAAGAUUAUUUAAUUUGCUUUGUUCAUUAAACUAAGAGAACAAUUUAAUAUUUUGUUUUCCUGGGCUGAUGAACAAUUUAAAAGAUUUUUGAAAGUUGAACUGUUGUUAAGAGUUUUGUCAUGCUGAGUUCUCUCUUCACAACUUGCCUCAGAUGCCACUACAUUAUUAGUGCAUCACAGCACUUUCAUUUCUGAAGGGUUUAUUGUACAUUUCAGCCCACGGCUUUGUCCUUCUGUGUCUGAGUUCAUCAGAGAUUUGUGGGUGAUUUUCUAUUUCCUGUUGUCAAACAUUUGGUGCCAAAAUGGCCAUGAGAGCCUCAGAGAUCCAUACUCAGUGCUCAGUGUGCAUCGUUGCAGUUAAGCAAACUCAUAGGACGACCCCACCCCCACCCCCCCCACCCCCCCCACCCCCACAUCCCAUCCCCAGCCACACCAUGAGAACAAGCUGCUGCUCUCAGUGUACAUAUCAAUAAUCUACUGCCCACAUCACAGAAUCAGAGACUAUAUCUCAUACUGUAAUGUGAUUAAUGUUAGCAAUACUAAGCAAUGUCAAGGUUAAUAACUGCACACUCCAUCAUGCUGUUAAUUGGAUUACAGGCUGUUGAGUAAGCAUUAUAGAGGAGGGAGAGAAGAAGAGGAGGGGGCGAGAGAACAUCUGACCUGUCUCCCUCACACUGUAGAGAGAGAGAGAGCAAGAGAGAGAGCGAGACAGUCAUUUUGGUUUUUUUUCACUUCAAAUUCAAAGUAAUAAGCAACACUUUUGGAAAUGCUGCAUCUCUUUGUUGCACUUGACGGAACCAGAAAUAAUGUUUUUUGCUUUGAUCAGACUGUACCUCUCUCUCUGUCCUUUAGACUAAGUUAAACUGCCCCUAAUUAAAAGACAUUUAAGGGGUUUUAUUAAUAAUAGUUCUAUACAUCAUUCUUGCUGGUAAUGAUGACAUUGAUAACAAUGCUAAAUGCUAAAUGCUAAAGCAGGGAACUGCCUUGGAGCCCUAGACCCCCAGGAGCCCCUUAAAGCCCCAGGUUCCUUAUUUCGCAAUAGGUUUGUGGUAAUUUGAUUAACUGUAACUUUAUUUGAGAGUAAGUAAUAUUUUAAAGACCUUCAUUGUUUUAUCUCUGUGCUCAUAGGGUGCAUAUAAAUGAUUCAUUUGUGUUAAUUUAAAUUACCACACAGCAGCUCCAGGACUAUUUAAUAUACUGGAUUAGCUCAUUUCUGGCCCAGGGCCUCCUAGAAGGUUAAUCCAGCCAUGUUGCUAUAGACAGCUUUAAACAAGAUUUAAUCUGUUACUACUGAAGUGAUAAUUAAAGGUUAUUAGACGUGGGGUUGUGUGAGGUACUGAUCUAUUGUCAGUGUGUUACCUACAGUAGAUUCAGAUCAGAGAAGCAGCAGGAGCAGAGGUACAGAAGCUGAGUGAUGAGCUGCUGUGGGCGGGGUCAGCAGAGAAACAUGUUUUAGGUAUUCCUAUGCAUCAGCCUAUGGUGCACACUGUAUUACUCCAGUAGUCAGACAGAGCUAAAAGUAGUUGCUCUUGUACGUUGGAAUACGGUAGUUCAAUCGUACUCAUCUCAUCACUCAGCUUCUGAUCUCAUCUGAAUCUACUGCAGGUAAAACACUGACUAUCCAUCAGAACCUCACACAAGCCCACGUCUAAUAACCUGAAAUAUCACUUUAAAGGUUAUUACAGCACAAACUGUCUGUUAUAAUAAAGCUGUCUCCUGGUUCAGGUUUGAGCUGCUGUACUUUAAGGAGCUGGUAGUUAUUACUCCUCAGCCUAUAAAAGGAGCAGUGUCACAUCGUCUGUGGCUCUGGAGAGAGCUUCCCAACAGCUUUAUGAGUUUUUAUCAGGAAGCCUGGGUACAAGAAACUGCGGGUGAAGGACCUGUUCACCAGGCAGCCAGGAGCUCAUGAAGAAUUCAGUGUAUGUAGAUCUUGACUUCUACAUUCUAAAAGUCAGGAUAUAACAGACUCUGCUGUUUCGAUUCUGAUCAUUCUCUUUUUAAUCUGUCUCUAGUGAUGCUUCAACCUUUAGGAAGUGCAAUACUUAAUAACUGGAGUUUUAAGUAGACAGUUUACCUUGAUAUUUUACUCCCAGAUUGACAGUGAGGUAAAUGCACUUGUUUAUUUGACAGCUAAACUGCAACUCCAGGACUGAUUCCCUAUAGAAUUUUGCCUCGUGGUUUUUAAAAUGAAGCUUAGUUAUUAUAAAGAGACACAUUCUGGUGGAUGCUGCAGACCUCCCCCUGUAGCUUUUCAUGUAUUAUUACUGUACAUGAAUGUACAUGUACCUGUCUGUGGGUUGUAAUGACAGAACAGCCGUGUUGUUCUGUUUUUGCCCUCACACAGACAUCUGGGUGUAAUACAGGAGAAAGAUCCUUGGCCCUCACCCCCCUCCACCCCUGUAGAAACAAUUGCUGUAUUCUCAACACAGACUCCUCACAUUAGCACUCCUGCUGCUGUUAAUGCCACACAGCAUCUUACUCAGCAGUUGCAGGCCAAGGCUCGGGUGGGUAGAACCUCUCCACUUUAACACACUGACUGAGCCUCAGUUUAAACUGCUCAUUUAGCCCCAGACUGAAAGACUAACGAUACACAGAGGACCUCUGAGGCUGCAAACAAGUCAUUAUAGAGGCCACUAUUUUCUGCUCUCUAACCUCACUCCUAAAGUGGCCUCCUGUAUAAAAGAAAAAAGAAAACAGAGGCAAGUCAAUGAUCCCUACCGUCCCUGCAGGAAAAGAGCAGCCAGCUUAAACAAACAGAGCUGGUCUCAAAUCCCCUCAGGGACUGAAGCGAGCACCGUGAGGCCCCAGCUGACUUUCUGUGACCGCAGAUCCAGCAACUCCACCUUCUGCAUAAAUCCUGCUCACUGCCUGGCUGUCUGAUACUGUAGGAGUGUUCAUAUCCAUGUCAAACUGACGGGUUUAUUUCUGCUGUUUGUUCAACGACGUCUAUUAUUAGACUGAAUUACAUAUUUACUGUUUUUCAGAAAGGAAAACAGGAAAUUAUCUAAACAUAUCCAGGGAAGCUUUUUCUCAAGGAGCACUGGAUGGUGUGACUUCUGCUUAUUUCUUCAUUCUGUUAUUUAUGCAUAGAUUUACAUAUCUUUAUAUACAGUGAUGUAUAGUGCCAUAGCAGGUAGAUCUCAUUACAAUUAAAGGGAAACUUUUGGGAUAUAUGUGCAUUUGCUUUUCGGCUGAAGGUUGGAUGAGAAGAUUGACAGAUGUGACUCUAAUAAAGUAUCUGUCUGAUAAAUAUCAAGCUGCUUAAGCUAAGCUAACUGACUGCUAGCUUCAUAUUCAUCAUACAAAUAUGAACAUGUUGUCGAUCUUUUCGUCUGGCUCUCAGCAAGAAAGAAAAUCUAGUUUUUCUGGUUUUAUUUUGGAGACUUUUUGGCACCAAAACCACAAUAAACUCCAGAAAUACUAUGACACUUGACAUCCACAGUACAGAGGGACAAAGCCAGAACAUCUAAACAGCUUCUCUCCUCUGCCUGUUGUACAGUCCCAAAGCAGGAUGUUUCUGUACAGUGUUGACAUGAUGUUCUACAUUCUGCUGCUGUUUUUUGAGCUGUCAUCUUUGGAUGUUAUAUUGAUUAAUUACUCUGGUUGCCUCACAUACACACUCAGUGCGCACACACACACACAUACACACAACACACACACACACACAGACACACACACACACACACACGGUAUGUAUGGCACUUUUCUUUCUAUGUGCCUUUCAUUUACAGCAACACAGAACUUUCCUCAAUAAGACUAUCACCCACAUACACAAACACACACACACACACACAUACACACACACACACACACACACAGACUUGUCACUUGUUCUAUAAACAACAAAAAAACAAAGAAACAGCAGUGUCUUUGCUUGAAGGAUAAUUCUGGUAUAUUACAACAGGUCAGUUCAAAUCUGGGAAUACAGGAGCGAAUGAUGGAGCAGGAGACGUUAAUCAAGCCAACAGUCCACUUUAUUAGGAGGAUAAACCAAAAGUGUGUGCACCUGAAAUGUUAGUAACAAUCCCAUCCUGUACGGCAAGCAAAGCAGACCAAAGUUAGUUCUAAAACUCUGAAUCAGUGCCCACAUCUCUGAUACAGUCAGCAAUUCGAAUGUGUCCACUGACGUCUGCUUCAGCCAGCUGGAGAACCAGCCGACCAAUCAGGGCUCUGUCUGUGGGAUAACGAUGUCAUCUUUCUACCUAGCUACAAAAAUAGACACAACUGUACAGGUUGUUGUCAGUUGAUCGAUCUUCCCGCUGAUCCACAGGUGCAAAACAAAUGAGCACCUCUGACAGUGGAAUUAUUAGUUGUAUGAUAAAGUCUCACAUAAAAUUUGAAGUCACAGAGAGAGACAUGCGAACAUGACACAACAGUUACACCUUCUCAAAUUGUUCAUUGCAGGUGCACAGAUCCUGUUUUAAUGAAUCACAAAUCACAAAAGUCAUGAGCUGAUUCUUUGCUACAGUUGCUCCAGUGAAUGUGGCGCAAAACACAUUCAUACACCCGUAUCACAUGAUGGGAAGUCAUGGACAAAAUAUGCAUAUCUGCAAAUCAGUAUGUGAAUUCAUGCAAUGAGAGUUGCAUACCUGUAGAAUAUUUUCUCACAAAUACAUCUUUUUCUUGGAUAUUUUUGUAGCAAACAUAAGUCAACAACUACAACUGCUUCAAGCUGCAAAUGACAAGUUCUGCACACUCUCACUUGUGGUUAGUGGUGGUUGUGUUUCUGUGGAGUGGAUCUGUUAGUGUAUCUGUGGAGCCAGGUGUGGCCACUGUUCAGAGACUUUUAGCCAAUUAGAGGAGCUCGUUUAGGCGCCUGUCCCUUAGCUUGUCCCCAAUGACAGGCUGGAUGAAUGAGCAUUAUCUGUAAACUCUGAUGAAUGUUUACAACUAUUUCCUCAAGCUGUUUUUUGUAAACAUCCAUCACAAUUUACAGACUGAGUUCCAAAUGUACCACACACACACUGAUAAUCUAACCUGUUGGCUUGUUGACCUCGUGUCUGUUUCAUGUUUCCCUUGUAUUUUAUUGUCGUAUUGUUGCGUCUUUCCCUGAUUAUUGACUUCUCAAGUACAACAGUGUUUUACUAAUAUCAAUUAUGACCAAAACUACAAACCUUGGCCCCAAGAAUUGUCCUUUAAACUAUGGGGCUAGAACAGUGACAGUAACAUUUUGACAUUGAAAAUAAAAUUUGGCAUUGAAAACAAAACAUGAACUGAAAAAGGAAACAAUGACAGACAGACAGACAUGAAAAAAAAACCAUAAUACAAAAAAAUCUCAAAAUUAAAUAACAUUAAAUUGUAAGAUUGUAGUUUGUUUUUUGUGCCAGUGUUUUAUUUUUCAGUGGGGUUAGGGUUAGGCACCUUUUUCAGUGCCAGUAUUUAUGUCAGUGCCAAUACAACUUUUUCCAAUCAAUGCCAAUUCCUUUUUCAGCUCAGGUUUUGUUUUUAAUGUCAAAAUGUAACUGUCACUGUUCUAGCCCCAUAUUAAACGAGUUGCUUUCUGUGAUUUCUAACAAGCUUUAUGUCAUUAUUGAGAAGUUCUUUGUUGUCUAAAGAGCAGCUGUUGAGUCCUGCACAUGCCCAGUAGAACACCUGUAAGUGAUGCUCUUUGAUAAAUCAGUGAGGGUGGAAGGCUCAUCAUAUGUUUACAAAUGAACAGGUUAUUACAUGUUAAUAGGAUUUGUCAUCCGUGUGGCCUCAGUGACCCUGCCACCUUUCAUCUUGUAUGUCCUCCUUCUCUGAGCAGAGGUCACACACCUCCUGUGUUUCCGGCAGCUUCAGGUGUUUCCAGAUGGUGUAUGUGCUGUGCGGUAACCUUUGCAGUGAUGUGUGUGUGUGUGUGUGUGUGUGUGUGUGUGUGUGUGUGUGUGUGUGACCUCAUGAGGAACGAGUCCUAGAGUCCGUUACUGAAUUUAUACCAUCAGCAUUCUUCGCCAUCGUGUGUGUUGGAGUGCCUCAUGUGCUGUAACUACUAUUGGAGCAGCUGGAUAAUGGCUGCAUGAGUGUGUGUAGGUGACGUGUGUGCAUGUAUUUGUGUGUGUGUGUGUGUGUGUGUGUGUGUGUGUUGCACACGCUCUGCCUUAGUGGGAAGGAUGGACUCUCAUUCAAAUAAGCGCCAUUUAUUUAUUUAUUUAUUCUCAGAAAACUACCCACACUCCUUCUUCGCUAUCACCAUGGCAACACACCUAUAAACUCACCAUAUCUCUCAUUUCCUCCUGGGACAGCUUCUCGCUGUCCCUGUUGUACUCGUUCAUUGCUCGGUUCAUUUUCAGGCGUGCUCACAGAAAUCAUGAAUAAUUGAGUGUGUGCUGUGCACUGAGUAUGAGAGAGUGGUGUCGAUCCUGCAGCAGCGCGACCCACCGUUCAUCUUGUCUGACGUUUUCACAAUAAAAUAACACUGAAACUCA